GCUGACUUUGCUGAGGUUGCCGCCACAAGACCCGUCAACACCACCACCUCGCUCCUGUCUCUCGUCUCUCUUAUCCACCUGUCUAGUCACCUCAUCCAUCCCCUUCCUGCCCUGGCGCCCAGGAGCACAUCACUAUACUCGAGCAUAGCCACCGUCCGUCCCCCCGGCCCACGGACCAGCCGGCCAGCCAGCAGCAGCAGCCCCCCACCACCACCACCACUCCCACACGCUACUUUACACUUCCAGUAACAACGCCAACAUUCCGGACCCGACGCAGUUUGUCAUUGUUGGCCAUCAUCAGCAAGAGACCGCACACUUGGCCAUGCGGCCGCUCCAGCAAUAACCUUUCCAGAUCGGUAAAAAUUACAGGGGUUUUCUGGAAAGUAGCACGCUUGGAAGACCUGCUGGAACCCGUUGUGUUAUCAGGUGAAGAGCCACGAGCUCUUCUGCUCUCUUCCAACUGGUCAAUACACUGUUUAUGAUACUUGAAGAAAGAAAAGGCAAAAAAAAAAAAAAAAGCCAGACACCUCGUUCAUGAAUAGCCAAGGUUAUCGGGGUCUUCACUGGACAGAAAAACCCGUCCUUGCGUCCAGCUCAGACGUCCAGUUCUUUGAUGUGGACGCCAGGGUGCAGAUGGCUGGGCGAUAGUGUCUUGAGUCGUCCUCAAGGUGGACGCCUGUCAUCACCUCCCGUCACCCGAGGGACACGUUAAUUGGCCCCCGUCCACACACUUCAAGUGUCCAGUGAAGGAGGAACUACGGGAGUCCUCAGGCUAAAUUAUCUAUACAAACAUUGUAAUUUAUGAUAUACAGCUCAGAUAAGCGGCUUGAUGACGGUCAAUUUAUACUCUCCAAUGGUGAGAUAAAAAAAAGAAAUUAAAGCAUAUAUAUGGUUAAGGAAGUUGUGGUUAUUGAACUGGUAAAAGUGUCAUGUGGUUACGGGUGGUUGACGGCAGCAGCGUUGCUUAACCUUUUUGGUACAGUUUGUUUGAUAUAAUCCCGACCAGCGGAUGAGCGCUCACCAUCCAGUGACUACACGGGAGUGAGGUCUAGCUCCUGGUGACCGGCUGACUAGCCUUGUGUUUAGGCUCCGCAAAAUACUGUACCGCCAAAUUCCCCUCAUACAGAUUACAGUUGACUCGCGCCGUUUUGUAUCUUGUCAACGUGGCCCUACCCUCACCCCCCUCCCCCUCCUCCCCACCAACUCAACCCCUCCUGCCCAUCUACCAGCCCACAACCACCACCCAACCACCUGCCCAUCUACCAGCCCACAACCACCACCCAACCACCUGCCCAUCUACCAGCCCACAACCACCACCCAACCACGUUACCACCGACCCAUCACACCCACCUCGCCUUGAUCUCACCUCACCUCUCUGAAAACAAGUGAAGGCUUCGCCCAGGGGAGGAUGGUGGGACGUGGCGCCCGCGAAGGUCCUCCAGAUCAGCAGUAGCCACGCUUCGCCACCACCCUACACCUCGCCACAACCCGACACUUCGCCACCACCCCUCAUCUCGCCACCAUGUCCAGCUCCCACUCCUCGGGGUCGUCAGGUGGGCGGGUGCCAGGAGCGUGGCCCCACCCGGUGACCGCCGCCCACGCCCUAACACCCAAAAACUUGCUGCGUCUUCACAGCCUUCCCAUCGCCGCCCACCUCCACACGCCCACAGCGCCGCCCGGCCUCGACCUCUCCCGCCCUCUACUGCUAUACACCAACUACACCUCGAAUAAGGUCCGGGGCGUGUCGCUGCGGCCUGGUAAGGACGGUGGACUUACCCCUGUGGGACCCGCCAUCGUCAUCCCAGAGUCCUACACAGGAUGGUUCGCCAUAGUGACGAGCGAUGGCCACACGGCUCCGUUCUUCUCCACCGUGGAGCAGGUCGUCAGCAGCCAGCUCUCCUUCUUCCUCACCCGCUAUGACGUCCCGGCCUACACCAACCUGCACAACGAAAAUGGACGCAUGACGUAUCAAAAAACGGUGGUGCAGAGUGGACACGUCUUGAAGCUUCUCGGGAUCUUUGAGGAUCUUAACGCCAAGAAGACCAACAGCGGAGGCCGAGGUCGUGACGCUGCCUUCCUCUUCAACUGCAGCAAAUAUGCCCAGUGCCUUAACUACAAGAAUGAGGUUGUGUUCUUGCCGUUCUCUGCCUCUGGUCGGUUCUACACGACGGCCCACAAGACCAGCAAGAACCCCAACCACGUCUACCUUAUGGCCCACAUCCUCAAGAACCAUAAGCUGCCCCUCACCGUCCGCCUUGUUUGUGGCUACAUGCCUCGCGUCCCUUGUAGCUUUACCGGUGUGCUGCGUCUGGAGCAGGCGCAGAAGGAGGCGGUGAUCUUGGCGUGUACCAUGACCAACGAGGCUCAAGCCACGCUGUUCGAGAUCGACGUGUCGUCCAACUUCGUGCUGACGCCGGUAAAGGACCCGAUAUUCCCCAAGACGCCAAUUUUCCUCAAGACCGUCUCGUACUGCGAGGACGAGGCCUACGCUUGGAGGAGGCAGAUCAAGGUGACGCACCACGUAACAGAGAGACGUUCCAAGUCUGUGAGCCGUUCCAUCAGCGACACCUUCUUGCAGCAUCCAAGACAUCUAAACUUCGCCUUCCUGGCCGACCACGACCGCAAGAAGGCGAGAGGCCGCGACAAGUCGAGGGACCGCCUGGCCGGCCUCCGUGUCCUCGACAAGACCCGAGACAACAGCAAGGAGAACCUGCUUCGCGCCUCAAGCAGGGACAGGCUGACGGAGAGAAGUAGGAGCAGGCUGCAGGACAAAUGUAAACAGCUUGUGAGAGAGAAGGAUAAGCAACAGGACAAGACUACAGACAAACUGCAAGAAAAGUGCCCCAGCAAGGUGAACGGGAAGACCCAUGACCAGAGGAAGUUGUCGAAGCAAAACACGUACAUCUUCCAGAACCUCCGGAGCAGCAAGGCCCAGGAGAAGAGGCAAGAGGCCGACGCAGUGAGGAGACUCAACAAAUCCAUUGAAAACUUGGACUAUUCUCGGGUCGUGGACGAUAUUAGCCCAUUACAAGGCGGAGGAGACGACGACGACGAGGAAGAGGAGGAGGAGGAGGAGCAGCAUUAUGCAGAAAUUUGCGACAUCAUCAAUAAAAGCGGAGUGACAGGCAUGCAAGAUGGCAAUAAACGCGAAAAGAGAAAAUCGAUCGGCGACCGAGAGCACUCCAUCCACGAUCUCCAGCCCAGCGACGCUGACAAUAAUUUGUGUUUCACUCUAUUGAAAAAAGACAUCGGUGGCUACUAUGUGUCGAUUCCCGGGUUCGAGGUGCCCAAAGAAGAUUUCGAUCCUGCAGCAGUCGAUGACGAAGACAGGAGUUACGAUUCCCUUUGUUAAGACAUCCGCUAGUGUUGUUCUCUCAAAGUCUCCCCGACCGGCUCCACAGGUCGUUUGAACGUGUCGUUUAUAUCCUGUAGGUUAUGAGACUUCGACAGUGUACUUAGACACGUGAACACUUCGACAGUGUACGUAAAGUGUCAAAAUGUAAUUUGUUCCUCUUUUUAUGUAAUUUUCUUUUUUAAUGUAAUUAUAUAUGAAAAACAAAAAAACACUCAAACCAAUUAAGAAUAUGCCUGAGCGCUCACACGUGUUCAAGGCAUAAAACUAACGUGUGGAUGAAUACUGAUAGCACUCGGUGAACUUUGUUUCAAUGUGAAGUUUUUGCAUCAAUAUAAAAAAAAAACUCAUGCAAACAGCGUGUGUGUGUGUACGCGCGCGUGCGCUACUAUUUUUUUAAUACAUUUUAAUGUAUUUUUAAUGACAAAAGUGGCUUUAACGAGCAAGAAAAAGCAGGUGUAGCAGUAUUGUUGAAAGUGACGCUUGAAGCACAAGAGGAACCCGACAGCCUCAUGAAGAAUUAAGUGUGGUUUAAGUGCCUCGUAGAAUCAACUAUCUCAUUCAUGUGUUACUUUUUAUGACCUGGUGGAAUUUUGUACCCGCUUUUGUAAACGUUGAUGCGGUAGCCCCCAUGGAUAUAUUACAGGAAAUAAUCGAUUGCGCUAAAAAAAAUCUUGAUUUUUUGUUCGUCGGAAAACCGGAAAUUAUAAUAUCUAGUCAGUGUUCAUCUUUGUUUAAUCAUUUGUAGAGCUUGUUUAUUCUGUACAGUGGUAUAGUAGCUUGGGCUGUGGAAAGAUUUAAUCAGAACAUGACAUAAAUGUACGUUGAUGGGAACCUUUGAACAGCAGUAGUGAUGCGUGGAGAGAGAUGGACGUCUCAAAGCCUACUUAGGAUGGUUCCUCUCGCAGCCUACUUAGGGUGGUUCCUCUCAAAGCUUACUUUUGGUGGUUCGAAGAAAAUAGGUGAAUUGCUGUAAUAAUUUCCACACCAGACAAGUCAAAACGCCUUCAAAUAAACUUACUAAUAAAGAGGAAGAUUCGCGACGUUUACAAAUGAAUUUACAACCAAGAUGAGAAUUAACUGUGAUCAGCAAGGUAUUAUUUUUUUAGCGUAAUUUUCUGAAUAAUUAUGUGAAAUAUGUCAGUUAACCAAACUAUGAGAGGCACUUGCAGACUUUCCCAUCCUAACUCAACAAUGUCUCAAACAUCUGGGCGUGUGCCACAUACUGUAAGAUAUUGAUGCUAUCAUGUUAGACUCUCGUUAAUAACAUGAGCACCCACAUCUCCAGCCCAGAUGCUGACUAUUAAGAGCUGUCUGCUUCUCUCCAAUGCAGCCUCAAGCCCAAGUCUAGAAACAAAAUUUCAUUAUCGCGAGGUGUUAAAAUAUACAUAAAAACCAUAUCGAGGUGUUUAAUAUUAAAGAACACAUUUUUAUUAACACUGGCUUUAUCUCAUAUGUACUUGUCAGAGUACACUUUAUAUCUGACUCGUGAAGCAAAGUAUUUAUUUCUACAUGAUAUUCCCUUAAACGUGCUUAACAAUCUAUGCGUUCCUUAUUGAUUAUUCUUUCUAUACAUAUUGGGGUUUAUCGCUCUAUAAAUCGUGGGGGUGGAGGUGGGAGGAUUGACGUGGGCCCAGCCUGGUUACCCUCAGCCCCGCCCAUCCUUGCUAGGCAAUAUUCCAGUGAGUUUUCAUCAAAACAUCACCAAUACCCGUGUUGCGAGUGAAAGUGAUCAAUACCUGUGUAUUAUGAGAUAUCCGAGUGAAUGUGAUCAAAUACCUGGGUCAUGAGAAUAUUUCCAAUACCUGUAUUAAUAUAUCCGACAUAUGAGAGAUGAUGACAAGUCCAUGUUGUGUGUAUAUUGGCUUGUUAACAAAGGACGUGUUACCACUCUCGUGUGGCCAUGUGUCAACACUAAGACAAUCCCUUACCUGUUGUAAAACAUAUCAAGUACAGUCUGUGGAUUAUUAUAAUAUUAAUAAUAAUGAAUGAUUAGUGG